AUGGGUUCUUCUGCACCUCAUCACCGACACCAAUCAUCACUAGAGGGAUUCAUUGACUUUUCUACUGGCGCAAGUCCUUCGUUCAACCCAGAUGAACUUGAUAAGGGGGCUGGUGUUCUCCGCCUCGUUAUCGAGCACUUCGAGCCCUUGUCGACUGAAAAGCCGUAUAACCGACCUAGGCUGGUUCGUCUAACGUACGAACAUGCUCGAUCAGAUCAAUCCAAAUCCAACUUCUUGCAUGCAUUCCUUAGGGCAGUAGAUAUUACGAUAGAUGGAGUUAUCGAUCUCGAUGAUGAAAUGGUGGAAGAGGAGAUUCGUUUGGCCUUGAACGCCUUUGCAGAUUUCCUGGUCGACAACUUCUUCCUUCCACUCAAGGCUGCUGGAAGCAAGACGCCCCAACCAUCGCCCGCAGCAAGCUCCCGAAUCACGAGCACGCGUCCUAUUGUCGGGUCGGUGGAACGAGUGGCGUCACUUAGACGCGACUGCCUAGUUCGUGACCGACAUCGUUGCGUAAUAUCUCGCGAUUUCGAUAUGAAAGAAGCUGAGCGCCGUAUUGAAGAGAGCGGAUAUGACUAUGCUUCAGAUGAUCAAGGACAAUUACUCAAAGAACAGGAACCCGGAUCAUUUGCGGAAUUGGAAGUCGCACAUAUACUUCCUCACUCAUUGAUGACUACGACAGGAAACCCUGAGCUGAAUAAAUCCAAGGAAACGGCAUUGGCAAUACUUGAUAUGUUUGAUCACGAUAUCGUGCACCUUAUCGAAGGCCCAGAUAUUGAUCGUUCUCGGAACGCUCUCACUCUGAAAAUUGAUUUACAUCGGCAGUUUGGCAACUUCAAAGUUUUCUUUGAGCCUACGAACCAGCCCCAUAGCUACCGGAUCGAUUCAACCCUCCGCCAGCCAUUCAGGAACCCUAUUUUCCCAGUCAAUCGUACUUUCUUUCUCACUCCCGAGCGAACCAUCGAUCCCCCAUCCGCUCGGCUUCUUGCUGUUCACAACGCUAUUUGCCAGAUUUUACAUCUAAGUGCCGCCGGAAAUUACAUUGACAGCAUUCUUCGCGACUUGGACGAUGGAGCUGUACAAUCUGACGGCUCUACUAAUCUAGCGAGUCUGCUUCGGCUGAGGCUAGAUUGUUGGUGGGAAAGCGCAGUGGUUGAAUAA